GAGGUGACUAGUGAGACCAGAAUGAGCUGCAGAACGAUACGUGCGCCGAGCUAGUCAAACGACUUGGUGUCGGGAUGGCAGGCUAUGUCUAGUUAGCGGGGAGAGGGAAAGGGAAAGGGAAAGGGAAAGGGAAAGGGAAAGGGAAAGGGAAAGGGAAAGGGAAAGGGAAAGGGAAAGGGAAAGGGAAAGGGAAAGGGAAAGGGAAAGGGAAAGGGAAAGGGAAAGGGAAAGGGAAAGGGAAAGGGAAAGGGAAAGGGAAAGGGAGAGGGAGAGGGAGAGCUGCUGUGGCGGCGCUAGAUUACGGCCGACAGCGCCUUUGCGCCGGCCGUGAUGCCUCGAACUGCGGAGGUUGCUGUUGUACGAAGGGUCGGUGUGGAGGAGAUUGCGGACUUCUGGUUGCGGUUAGCUGCGUUCGUGAGUCUGCGUUGGCCUCGGGGCCGCUGGGACCUUGCCCCGAACCAGCUUCCAUUCCUAGCGUCAGAUGAUGUUGGAGGGGUUAUUGUGGGGCCAGCAACAAGAGAUAGUUUUAUGACGCGGACACACGGCUUAGGUGAGCAGCGCUAGCGUUUGCGGUGGGACGGGCAGGAGGCGAGGAGCAUGGGGGUCAUUCUCCUCAAGUGAGCGUGCGUGUCUCGUACGUUUUUCUGCGGGCCCUGGCUAGCCCACGACUGUCGUCCCAUAUGUAACCGCUAACAGCUUAUAAGACGGUAGCGACUGGAAUAAUUUGUAUCCAUUGCUGUUCGACCUUCAAUAUUCAAAGGGACUUCGUCCAGACGGGAAGUUGCUUGUACGGUGUGGACGCAUGGGAGUAUGUAGUCGCCGAGGAGGUGGAAGAGUAAAAGCCGCCAGACCGCCUGAGCAAAGAACUCGGCGCUACAUCUAUAUGGUACCACGGUAAAUCUAUAUUGG